AUGACGAUCACACUCGACGACGUCGUGUGUCUGUUGCAUCUUAUGAUCAGAGAGACAUUUUUAGACCAUGAUAGGAUUGACAAAGAGGAGGCAUUGGAUAUGUUGGUAGAAAAGUUAGGAGUUACCCCUGAGAGUGCCAUGGCUGAGAUUGAUAAAACCUGUGGUAACCACGUCAGAUAUAGUUAUCUAAAGAGGGUGUUCACAGAUGAGAUAAGGCGUGCAUGGGAGGCUGAUGGUGAUCUUGAGCAGGUUACACUUCACCGGAGGUUUGCUAUGAGAGCAUACCUUUUGUAUCUUGUUGGUACACAGAUUUUUGUGGACACUAGUGUCACUUACACAUAUAUCAUGUACAUGCGGUACUUUGAUGAUUUUGAGACGAUCCACCAGUGGAACUGGGGGGCUGCUCAGUUGGCUUACUUGUAUACGAAGUUGUCUGAAGGAAUUACGUGGAAUACGAGGCAGAUGACCAGCAUCAUGUCACUCCUGACAGUAUAA